UGAUGUGCUUGUGUGUGAGGCUGGGGUUGGUGUUUGGGUGGAGAGCUGCAGCGCUGAUUGGUGUGUGUGUGUGUGUGUAGUGUAGUGUAGUGUAGAGAGAGGGAAGUCAGCUGAUCGAGCUGCUGCUGCUGGAGCUGCUGGAGGUGCAGAAUGGCGAGCUCUCAGCGCUACAGCGGGAAGGUGGCGCUGGUGACCGGGGGGUCGAAGGGUAUCGGCAGGGGGAUCGUGAAGGUUUUCGUGCAGAAUGGGGCUAAAGUUGUGUUCUGCGCCAGAGGAGCUGAUGCAGGUAAAGCGCUGGAGGCGGAGCUAAAUGCAGCAGGUCCAGGCUCCUGUCUCUUCCUGCCCUGUGACAUAUCCAAGGAAGAAGAUAUCAAGAGACUGAUCACUGUGACUGUGGAGAAGUUCGGACAGAUAGACUGUUUGGUUAAUAAUGCUGGCUGGCAUCCCCCCCACAAACCCACGGAUGAGACAACCGCAGAGGAGUUUAAAGACCUGCUCAACCUCAACCUGAUUAACUACUUCCUCGCAUCUAAGUUUGCUCUGCCCUACCUGCGGAAGACACAAGGAAACAUCAUCAAUGUUUCCAGCCUGGUGGCCACUAUCGGUCAAAAGCAUGCAGCACCCUAUGUGGCCACAAAGGGGGCGAUCAUUUCCAUGACUAAGGCAAUGGCUGUUGAUGAAAGUCGCUACAACGUAAGAGUCAACUGCAUUUCUCCUGGCAAUGUGAUGACCCCUCUGUGGGAGGAGCUUGCUGGACAAACACCUGAUGCUUUGGCCACCAUAAAAGAAGGAGAAAACGCACAGCUGCUGGGCCGAAUGGGGACUGAGGAGGAGAGCGGGUUGAUGGCACUGUUCCUCGCUGCUGACGCCACUUUCUGCACUGGAAUUGACCUGCUUCUGAGUGGAGGAGCCGAGCUCAACUACGGCUUCAAAAGCCAAAAGCCCUAACUGUCCUGCUGCACUCUUCUCUGAGGCCCAGGAGUUUAAAGAGUAGUUUGGUCAAUUAAAGCUAAUGUUGCUAACUGUAAACAAGAGCACAGUGAAUUUAACUAGUUCUAUUACUCAGGUAAUCAGCAAGUUAGCCGUAAUAGCAUGUAAGAACCAUCUAUUCCUUUAAUCUGUCUCUGAGCCGCUUAAUCUUUAAUGCCUCGCUUUGUCUUAUCUUAUCUUGUGUCUUUGAUUCUUGCUAAUGGAUGUGCCUUAAAUGUUUACAUCUAAAAAAAAAGGGAACUUUAUAAUAAUGGUUUAUAUUUUAACACAGAAUAACAACUAGACCUGAUUUUAUGAGUAAAUGAGUUAAAGUGCCUUUUAAAUCUACUUGAAAAACAUUAUAUUGACCUAAAUUGCAUAGACAAUCAUUAAUUGUUUUGUAAUUUUUUAAGAACUGUUCUUGUUCACAUUCCUGAUUUUAAAAGGAGUAUAUCCUUAAAAACUGAAUUUUUUGACACACAAAAUGUACUUAAAUGAAAACAGAACUAAGCUAAAAGACCUGCCUAUGUUUUUUUGUGAUGUCUCAAAAUCCAACAUGUUUACAUACAUAUAAAGAUUAUAAAGAGUGUUUCACUCUGGGCUGCUUUAUGAACUAAGGCACAAUACAUGGCGACCAAUUAGAACUGGGGUCACUUAACAAAACUCAGGCACAGUAGCUUAAACUUCCUCUUUAACUGUAAAAGAUUUUUUAAAAUGAAGUGAUUGUUUUUGAUUCAUGAAUUUAUGUAUAGUCUAUAAGUAGACAAUGUGAGGAUAGGGUCUCUUUAAAUAAGGUCAGGUGAGUUUAGUAGGGUUGUUUCAUAAUAAGCCUAAAUGUCAGAAAUGUGAAGUUCAGGUGAAAAGUAAUCAGCCUAUUUUUGCAACUCAGAUUUUGUCACUUUUGUACAUUGAGACUUGUCUCAACAUUCAGUUUGAUGUCAGCAGAGAAGACUUGUAUGGAAAUGUGGAAAUUAAAAUGACAUGACCAAUCA